CCCAUCUGCACGAACUUCAUUCGAAACCCUGUUCCGCGCCAUCUCAGAAAAAAGCACGGGCAGGCGCCCUAUUUCUCUCACUGUUAUAUUCAAUUUUCAAUUCGUUCGGAACCCUCGCCCGACCAUCCCAGUUGAAGCAAUUCCCCGCUGCCUCAUCUGCGUAAAAAUCAGUCGCCACCGCAGCCUCGUGGACUCCGGCGUCGACGUCGUCUUCAGCAUCGCCGGCACGCCCUUUUCGAAAGGAUUCAUCUUCUUUGCUGCCUCAAGCAACACCUUUAAUUAACUGCAACUCAAUCAUAGAAACUAAGUGAUGAGCAAAAGGAAAGAAGACAGAAGAAUAUAUACCGGCAUCGACUGUCUCGUAAAGGAUAUGCCGCCCUGGCUAAAGAAAUGAAGGAUGAGUUACUUGGUGAUGAGAACAUUGAUAGAGCUAUAAUGUGGAAGAAAGCUAGAUUGAAAAAAGAUGGGAGCGUAGAGAAUGAAGACUUGAAGAAAGUUGUUGAAAAAAUUGAUGAACGUCUACGUGAAAAGGAGCAAGGAGAUUCGACUAAGGUAGAUGAUGGUAAGGAGGAUCUUCUAACUUCUAUAUUGAAGAAGUCAGAACACUCGGGGCGUGUGCAAGCUGUUGGGGAUAAUGUAUAUCCCACUGCAUUCUUCAAUUUGCCGAAGGAGAAAAGGCAGAAGCUUGAUGAGAAGGUGGAUAAACAAGAACUGAUAGAAGCAAGGCAUGAGUGGAAAAACAUGAUGGGUGAGUUGUUGAGCAGAAUAGGGAACCUUGAAUCUACAUUGAAAGCACGAGACAAGCUAUCUGUGGAAAAAGGUAGUUGUUCUGUGAAGUAUCCACAUGAUCCAAUUGAAUACGAGAAGGAUGAUGAUGGUGAUGAUGAUGAUGUGGUCUGUAUUGACAGUGAAGACAUUUUUGAGGGGAAAUAUGUAGCAUUGAAGAAAAAAGGCACCAGAGCGACUCUCGCUUAUGGAACUGUAAUUGUAGCUGGACCAAUGCUUCAUGGUGCCCCGAUGCCUAAAAAUGCAAGGCGUGUGUCCGUGGAUGAAGUUGUAGCUGACAAUGAAAAUGAACUUUUACCAUAUCCUGUGUCUGAGGAAAUUCUCACUGUAGGGAGUGGCAUUGGGAACACAUGUAGCAUGGCCGAAAGAAUUGAUGGUCGAAAAAGAUGAGACAUCUCCGAAGAAAAAGAAUGAGAAAAAGGAACCAAUGGUAAAGUGUUACUCAUCGUUGCCAAUUACAAUGAAAGCUUUAUGUUGCAUACUUGAGCCUAGAUUUAAGGAUAAGGAAGGACUACGUAUCCGCUUGGAUGUGGAGCUGUUUGACCAUGAUCUCGAUAUUUGGAUUACGAAGAAGGAUUUUAUUCCAUUCUGUGAGUUGGAACCUAUAACAGGAAAUUGCAUUAUUGUCUAUAUGUGGCACUUGUAUAAAAAGCUGAAAGACAAUAAGAUGAUGGAUAGAUGUGUAUUCGUGAACCCAUUUCGCGUAUCACAUGGAGGUAAGGAUUCUCGUGAUGAUAAGGCACGCAAGCUAGCAGACAGAUUAAUUGCAUCGACCUCAAUGCAAAUUGUAUUAGUGCCUUGCAACAUAAGGUAAGUUGGUAGCGUCAGGAAUAAAGUAAUAAAGAUUGAUAUAUGCUAUUGAUAUUUUAUCAGUUUUUGUUAAUUAAUUUGAAGUUUAUUUUUGUUAUCUUAAACAAUGUGGGUUUUAUGUGAUGCGGAUUAUGAAAGAGAUUGUGAAAGCAUGUGAAGAUGUUGAUUCCAUUAGCGUGGCAUCGCUAUUUAAAAAACGCGAAUAUUCUGAAAGUGAGAUCAACGAGGUUCGCGAGGAUUGGGCAGGUUCUGUCAUUAAUGAGCUGCACAUUGGAGUUAGAAAAUACCUGAAGAAUUCCUAUGAAUUCGUCAAUCUGUCGCUGAACAGGUUAGCCAACUUCAACGCUCUGGUUGACCCCUCAAACGACCUCCAAUCGUAUUUUGUGCAGAAAUACGACUUCUUCGUCUUCGAAAGAGCUUUCCGUGUCCAUCUGUUUCACCUCAAUCGAACUUCUGUAGAGAAAUUUAUGGCUGUUCUUCAGAGACUGCCAGAACUUGAUUUCCUGCGAAAAUCUGACUCCAGCUCAGAUCUUCUGAACUGUAUCCCGCUCAGCUUUCACCGUUGGAUGGACAACGUUCUAUGAAAGUCCUAAGAGAGAAUGCUCCAC